UGCUCGCAAAUAUGAAGCAGCGGACCCGGUGUUCGAGAAUACGCACUCUUGGAAAUAUCCAUCCCCCUUCCCAAGCCCUGUUUUCCACCCCUCUGCCAUAGUGUUUCCGUAAAGUAACGCGUGCCGUCGACACGAGUAAAUUCAGUCAGUGGUGCGCGGGCCUUCGGGGCGCGAGGACGUGCGCGCUGCUUCAUAUUUCCGGCUUCCUGGUCGCGCGUGCUUCUCCGGUUCGUCUCGUGUCAGUGCAUGGAAUCACAGAAGAACGACUGUUCCCGAUCAUUUCCCCCAAAGGACCGAACUAUUCCGUGAAAACGUGCGGUUAGUACUGGUUCUGUUUCAUCCUGUUCUUGGUGUCUUCGACUGCUGCACGAGGUGUGAUCUUCCCCACGGAUCGAACGCUGCUUCCUUCGUCGUUGGCAAUCGUCCAACCGAUAGACACCUCCGGGUCUAUGGGACUCCGUUAAAUUGUUGUCGACGGACCCCAAGAGCCACAAGGGUAAUCGAUGAUCCAGGAAUCUCCCGCGGAAGAGGCAGCCGACAGGACGGACCGGGUCAGGAAGUGAAGUCGUAGCAACGGUGGCGGUCGUGCCAAGAAGAUGCGGCUGUUCGCGUGGCCAGGCAGCGUGACUCGCGAGAGGAUCGUAAAGGAUGAUUUGGCGGGCAGCGAUGUUGGCUCACGCGGACCGGAGAAAAGUGGCAGCAGCAGCAGCAGCAGCAGCAACAACGGCGGCGGCAGCCACGCGGCCGAGCGUGCCCUCAGAGUCGUCGAUAAAGGGGACGCAGGCUACGGGAACACCAUCAUCGGCUGGGCAUGUACGUCAUCUACCCGGCGGACGAACUCCUGCGUAUCUAUGAGAAUCCCGUCCGUGAUCCUAGCUCAGUGUUGAGCGGCGAUCGUAGACCGAGCUGUCGGAUCACCGUGAUCGCUGUCGACGACAGAAACGACCGCGGCGUCGUCGUCGAGGAGGAUCGUAAGAGGCAAAAGGAGCGCAGACGAGGCGAGCGCGGUCAGACGCGCAGAAGGAGAGCCCGACGUAACGAGGCUCGCGAUUACCAGGUCACGAAGCCCACUCGUCCAGGGGACGGCACCAGGACUAUGCAGAACAGUCGCGGUGCCGGCGGCGAGGAUGCCGCCAAUCCUCUCAGGGAUCUCACGCAACCGGGGCUCAACGAGCACCUCAAACAGCACAAUGCUGGCGCCCUCAAACUCGUACAAACUGUGUCGGAGUUCGCGCAGGAACUGGGCGCGGCGAUGGAGAGCCAUUCCGCGAACGUACGACGACUCGUCGACGAGUUUCGAGGCAGAUCCGGAGAUACCAGGAUCGACAGCGGCGGUAUGCGUCGCGUUUGGGAGAGUUUGCUGCGACAGGUCGAAGCGGACGCGGUGGCACACCUGGACCUGGCCGCGGUUCUUCAGCAACAGCUCUCCAGACCCACUCUGGAAGCCAGCUUUCACCGGAAGCUCCAGUCCAGGAAGGUGUUCGGCCAUCGCGAGGCUUACGAGCAAGUCGUGUUGAAGUCCGAGGAGAAGUUGCAGCGUGCACGAGCGGACUACAAGCGCGCUUACGCAGCUUUGUUGACGAUCGACAGCGGAGGCGAGCAGGAGCUGAAACGCCUCUACUUCGAGGCGCACAACGCGUACGUUCUUCAAUUGAGGGCCACCAACGCCAUCACGGAACGCUACCAGUCCCAAUGUCUGCCCAGUCUGCUCGGUGAAAUAACGGAAGUCUACGAGGAGCUGUGCGGUUUGGCUUGCAAAUGCGUCGCCGGGAUUUCAGAGGCCGCCGCGGAGCGAGCCGGGGAACAAGCGAAGCGCUAUCAGGCUGUCGCCAAGGAGGCUCAAGUCGUCAUGCCGUUGAAUGACCUACAAGUUCUGGCACGGAGUUUGUCAGCGACCCAGACUCCAUCGAAGAAGCCAUUUAGACGCCUGUUCGUCGCACCGGGCCCUCCGGAAAAGAUACCCAUGGAACGAAUAAAUCAAAUACCCUCUUUGAGGGACGAGUUAGCCCCGACAACGACCAGCACGUUGCCUAUGAUGGAGGAUCUUCGACGGGAACACGACAGUCUCAACCAGGAGAUUUCACGUCUCCACGAUGCUCUGGAUGCUCUGAUGCGCAUGCAACGCAAGAGCGCCGAAAGCAAUCUCUACACUAAAGUGGCCGAACUGCAAGAAGACAUCUCUAUGAAGCGUUUCGAGCUCGGAGAGGCGCAGCUUUACUUGGCAGCCGUGCAAGCACAGAAAGAAUUGUUUGGUGGUGGAGAAGCCGGUCAACCGGAUGGGGUGAGCGGCCGGAAGAUGUCGAAUGGCUCGACCGGAAGUACCAAGCACAAAUGGUUGAAAGCGUUCAAGAGUUUAAAGACGAGUUCGCCGACAACGCCACCGUCGACCGACAAAGGAAAGCAGGCGAUGUACCAUGCUGUUUCCACCGUCGUCGCCAUGUCCAGAAAAAGCCUCGAAUCGGAGGGUGGUCACACUUGGCGCGAGUACACCUACCGAAAAAUCACCCCUUGCGAUGCCUGCGGUCAGGUGUUGCGCGGUCACAGUCGCCAGGGUGUCAGGUGUCGCGGGUGCAAGGCGAACGCGCACACGGACUGCAUCCACCUGGUGCAGCCGGCGAUGUGCCCGAGCUUGGCGCCGAAGAAGAGCGGCGGCAUUCCUCUUCUACGUCGGCAGAAGACGCAGGCGACGGUCGACGACACGCCAGCCGCGGAGCACAACAUGGACGCCAUAUACCAGGUGCUGAAGGAGGCAGGCGAGAUCCGUGGAAACUCGACAAACUCACCACCUACGCCUCCCACAGCAGAUCAUCCUCCCUCCGGUGCAGCACCUUCGUCAGCGAGGGCCUCCUCCCACCCCUGUUCCUCGUCCACCUCUGCGCCGCAUAGUCCGCAACGUAGACGGGAAAGGCUUAAUCUGAGGAUGAAGAGCCUCAGUUUGGACUCUCCGGAAGGCACGGCUCACGGUAGACAUCGUCCACGAGAUUAUUGUCCAGGUGGCCAAAGAGAAUCCACGCCACCCAGACACUCAGACAGCGGAAGUAUUAACAGAUUGUCGCCGUGCAGUCCAGGCCAAGGACACGGUGUCCACAAGCACAUAAGAGGGGCCAUCAGGAUGUCGAGUAUGGAGCUGCCGGACGAGAACGAGAAAUCGUAUUCCUCGGCUAGCACUUCGCCGUGCCCGUCGCCGCAUACUAACAAUCAAAAUCACAUGAACCCGCCGGGGAAACGCGUUCUGCCGCCCAACAAUCUCUACGUCGCCCUCUACAACUUCGACGCCCGUCACCGGGACGAGCUAGACUUGAAAGCGGGCUACAAAGUGACGGUGAUCGACAAAUCGGAGAAAGACUGGUGGAAAGGGAAGUGUUUGGGUGGUCGAAUCGGUUACUUCCCCAGCGCGUACGUCAUGCGAGUGGAAUCCGGCCAGAAGACUCUUCAGGUCACUCGCAAUCUCCAGCUGAGCGAUCAGGUCACCCUGUUGCGCGAUCAGAUAGUGAUCCAGGUCGGCGAAGAGGUGGACGGCGUAGCGAUGGUGCGUUGCGCCGCGGACGUGAGAUCGGCGGACCACACCGGGAAAGAGGGCGAGGUGCUGUACAAGGAGACCCUCUGCCCGCUAAAGUAUCUCCAGGAGGUGUGACAACAGCCUCGCCAUAAAGGCUACGCGGGCGAGCGGCACAAUCGAGCGUACCUACGCGAGCGAUUCUCCGCCUCCGCCCGUCGAAACGCGGCCGAGAAGUACUACGACUGCCUGCAGUGCGCGGAGCAGUGUCGUCACAC